AAUGGUCGAGAACCAUGCUGAAAACAUCUGAACAAGCAAGGCUUUCUCCUGUUUGCUUCCCCAGCCCUUUCGGCUGCUCUGCUUCAUUCAUCUUUGGACGUGGAUAGGAAAGCAGACUGUCAGUGCAAAAAAACAGGGGGGUAGCAUUUCUGAAUGCUUACAGGAUGACUUUCCCAAACAGUACAACUGCUCCGCGUGUAAAUAUUGGAAGCUCUCCAACAGCCACAGAUAUUGCAGUCAUUGGAGGUGUCAUUGCAGCUGUGGUUCUAGUCUUGAUUUGCCUCCUGGUGGUGAUGCUGAGGUACAUGUACCGGCAUAAGGGGACCUACCAUACCAAUGAAGCAAAAGGAACUGAGUUUGCCGAAAGCGCAGAUGCUGCUCUGAAAAAUGACCCUGCCCUUCAAGAUGCCGUGGACGAGAACCGAAAAGAAUAUUUCAUCUGAAAACAAAGGCAGCACCCUUGAGACACCCUUUGUUUUUCUCACCUUCACAAGGGGCAAUGCAUUAAAAAAAAAAAAGCACUAGGAAAUGGAGAUUACACAAAAGACAACAAGGGGACUAAUUGAAAUAUUGCUGUUUAACAACAAGAAGGACUGGAUGUCGGAUCUGUAGCUGUUUAUUUGAUUAGCUACAGAGCUCAGUUCAAUAUCAGAUGAGCAGAAACCAAAGUCUCAGGAUGAGUGAUUUAACUGAUAGCGAAUAAAAGUAUCAAAUAUCAAAUCCUGACAUUUGGCAAAAAUAUCUAUGUUGAUGGACACCUUAUUCAUAGAUAUAUGGAUUCAUCUCCAUUGAUAAAAUACCUAGAAGUGAAUUUACAGCUGCAGAAAACUAAGCAUAAAACAAAGGAACCAGGCCCGAGAAUGUUGGUCAUCAUUCAUGUAUCUUGUUUUUUUUCUAAGCAUGCAUAAGCUUAUCAAUGUGAAUAUGCAUGUUUUCUUGGUCAUCCUUUUUUUUUUUAAGAAUGUCCUGAAGUUGUUUUCUGCUUUGUUUCAUUUUUUAAAAAGAAUGACCUAGCAACCUGAUUCUCACAGGAAAAGACUACAGGAAAAGGCUGAGAACAGUUUUGAAAAUGAAGAAUGGCAUUUCUUGAUAUUUCUUGCAGUGGAUAUAUUUAAGAGAUGGGUUUAUGGAGAUUCUGUACUAACUUCUUGAUUUUUAAUGCCAUAUCAAUUAUCCUUGAACUUGUACUUUUUUCACUGCUCUUUCAGAUAGUAGAGCUCCCUACCUCUAUCAGGCACGACUUGCUUAAUUCUUAGAGUGAUCUCAGAUCCACAAUGGCAGUGUAAAUUUAUAGAGGCAGUUCUACUUCAACUGAAGAUGACCUGUGGAAAAGAGAAUUGUACGAGCAGAUGCAAAACCAAUCAUUCAAGUUCACAUAGGGGAGCCUUUCCUUCUACUUCAGCUGAAAAAAAGAAUGAGAUGCAGAAAAAGUGCUUAGUUAGUCUUGGAGCCAAUGAACCCAAAAGAUCUCUCUCUUUCUCCCCCGCUCCCAUCCAGCCAACUGGUUUUAAAUUAUGCCCCACUUCUGUGACUAAUAUAACUUACUAGUCAUGUUAUCUGUUUGAUAAUUUCCCCAUGAUUACAUUUUGGCUGAAGCUGUUGUUAUAAUACUAGAGGUAGUUAGUAAUGUAGUUAUAGUAGGAACAAUAGUAGCAGUAAUAUUAGUACAGUAUUUUACUUCACUGCUCAACUUAUAAGAAAGCUAGAGAGCUUAUACCCUCCUUGAAUUUUGUUGUGGCCUCCUUACUAUUUUUUUUGAAGAGUACAAGAUAAUCACGAUUUAGCAAAAAAUAAGAGAACUCUGCAGUUGGGUUGUGCAUUUCAUUAAAUUUCUUCCUAUAUUCUGCCUCUGUUAACCCACCAAGUACAGUGCAGCCCAGAUUGUGGUUACUGUAGAAGUUCCUUUGGCAGACCAAUCCUGCCUUCCUCUAACAAAAAGGUCUAAUGUGGUUUACAGCAUGGACCUUCCUAAUCUCAUUAAAAAAAUCCUGUGGCAGUACUAAAUGAUUAUCUUCAGGAAUGUUUGUUGCAGGAACACAGAUAUGAUGUGUGACCAGGAAACUGUAUCUGGCAACCACAUUAGAUGCUUCUCUCAAAAUUCAUUUGAAUUCAGUGAGCCAGGUGGUAGCAGACUUGGGAUAUCACUGAAGUAUGGAUUGAGUUUAGGUGUACAUAUGGAACCAUCAUGAGCUACAGUGUUGCUUUGGCUAUAGCAGUGAUUCUCAACCUUAGCGACUUUAAGAUGUGUGGAUGUCAACUCCCAGAAUUCCCUAGCCAGCAUGCUGGCUGGGGAAUUCUGGAAGCUGACGUCCACACAUCUUAAAGUCUCUAAGGUUGAGAAACGUUGGGCUAUAGAGACAAAACCAUCCAACAAGCUCCACUCCUGGUAAUGUCAUGGCCACAUCCAUGUAACUUUCUUGGUAGCAACCCUGCCCCUGCUUCUUCUAAGGUAUGUUUUCAUCUUCCUGAUCUAAUUCCAUGUUGGGAUUUCAUGAUGAUCUCCCACCUUCUUUCUAGGCUUACACAUAUUGUACAAUAGGAAAAUCAUUUUCUGAAUGUGUAUGAUUUCUCAUUGUCCUAUAUUAUUAUUUUUUUAAUGGCAGCCUCAUCAUUUAUAACAUGUUGCUUGUUUUUCUGUUUUGUUGGCAACUCUCUAACCUAGGGUCUGCAUCUUUUUGGUGACUGAAAUCAUACUGAAUUCUGGGAGUUGGGGGAGUGAGUGAAUACCACAGUGGAUAAACAGGGAAAGAAAGUAGGUGAAACGGCAUUAUUCACUUGGGGAAGGUGUCAUUUUCCAGACUUAUUGUUUCACUUCCCCCUGGACUUUGGUUUUUUUCCUUGUUUUGCUUAGCAGCUAUUCUUAAAGAAAUAUUAAGCUUAUUGUAGAGCUUAUACAA